GCAGCUUGCCUCUCCGGGACUCUCGGUUAUUUUCCUGAGCAGCACUUCUGUGGGUCGCAGCCAUUUCUCUCUUCUGUUGUUCAGCGACAGCUUGACAGGAGCGCCCCCGGGUCCUGACACUCGAGGCUCGGACACACUCAGCAGCCGGACUCCCCUCUGCCUCCCUCGGCUGGAUUCUCCCAGCUGAACCGAACCGGGGAUGGACCCAGCGAGUCGAUACCAAGUGUUGCACAACGAGGACGACUCUUCAGAGGCCUCUACCAGCGAUCAGCAGCAAUGCACUUCUGCCACAGUGCUGGCUGGUACGUCCAGCCAGGACCAGAGCACGGCCCAGGCGAGCUCGGCCCUGACCUCGUCUGCAGCGGAGGCGUCGGGAUCAAGGACUCAGGGGGAAGCAGAGGCUCCCCCACCUCCGUACGCGUCCAUUGAACUGGGAGCAACGGCUGCUGUGCCUGAGACUAGUUUCCGAAGUGACUUCCCAGUACCUCCGCCCUACAGUGUUGCCACCUCUCUGCCCACAUAUGACGAAGCGGAGAAGGCCAAAGCAGCCGCCAUGGCUGCCUCCACUGUGGACGUGAUGCCACGGGAUGAUGAAUUUCCUCCCAGAGAUGAUUUCAGUGACGCUGAUCAGCUGCGAGUUGGAAACGAUGGCAUCUUCAUGCUGGCCUUUUUCAUGGCCUUCCUGUUCAACUGGAUCGGGUUCUGCUUGUCCUUCUGUUUGACCAACACCAUUGCAGGACGCUAUGGAGCCAUCUGUGGCUUCGGCCUCUCCCUCAUCAAGUGGAUUCUCAUCGUUAGGUUCUCUGACUACUUCACCGGCUACUUCAAUGGUCAGUACUGGCUCUGGUGGAUCUUCCUGCUGCUCGGUCUCCUGUUGUUCUUCAGAGGUUUCGUGAACUAUCUAAAAGUGCGCAACAUGUCCGAGAACAUGGCCACCUCUCAUCGAACGCGUCUCUUCUUCCUCUACUAAAGAUUUCCACACCAUCACCAUUCCUUUUCAAUGUGAAGUUCCUUCCCUCCCCCUCGAAUGACCUGACUGAGGAGCUGCGCAGUGAAGAGAGGACACUGGGAAGGAAGGAGGGAAAGAAAGUAGGGAAAAGGGUUACCAAUCAUAUCACAGAAUAAAACGUCUCACAGCGCAGUCGCUCCUUAUGAACCGAGCCGAAACAAAUACAUCUUCGACGUCUCUUCCUGGGCUUUGUUUUUGUUUUUCUUUGAUUCAAAGCCCUGAAAUCAAGAUCACACAGAGUGCUAUUGACAAAAACAUGACCUCAGCCGACAUUGGCUGUAAACACAGAUGUUCCAAAAUCAGAUUUUGCUCAACAACACAAAAUGAAAGCACAAUGAAAUAAUAUCAAUAGAAGUUUAACCGAAAUGAAAGGAAAUUUCAACAGUUGCUUGCUCUGACUGCGCGCGGCAUACCAGCUUAUAACUGAAUGAGAAAUGCUCAGUGUCUGUUUUUUUCCGACCUUUCUUUCUAACAUCAAGUAGAGAAUUCAUCUUCUGCAGUUAAGAUUGCACAGUAACAGCAUCUCCAGUACUAGUGUUACCAUUCCACAUUUUAUAAAGUUCAGGGUGUUUUUAAGAAGUCUUACUUUUAGUCUUACUUUGCACAUCAGCGGCACGAAACACGGAAUAUUUCAGAGGCAAAUUUAAAGCAGCUAACCAUUCGCAUUGACCAUGAUACUAUUUAGCUAAUAAAUCAUGAACCUUGCAAAAAGAAAGAUGGAAUCAGCAUCAAACUGUGAUGAUCUGGUGCUCCGUUUACUAAAUAAAAAGAAAAAGGAAGUACCUGCGUGCACCCAGGAGGAGAACUUGGUGGGCUUCACCACUUGGCUUCAGGAGGGAUUUCAGGUCCAAGUUCUGCAGCAGCCUGCACCAAGAUGAUAGUUUUCUCCUCAGUAUUUAAUAUGAGCAAGGUCUUGUUCCCGGGCAGGAGUUGUGUCACCGUUUGCUUGAUCCGAGCAUCAAUUCAGCUACAUCUCAUCCUUAAUAACAGGGAGAAAUGGCAAAAGACAAAUAUAUUAAAUAACUAGAGAAAUAAACUGAUCUUACUUUUUGAAGAUAGUGGACAUCCCAUGGACAUCUCGCCCUCUCUACCCAGAAAAGUAGAAGCACAAAAGCAAAAUGAUUUUCAAAUUCAGGGCACUGGAAUGUGUAUGAGGGAAAUCAGACACGUGCACGGAUCAAUCCACAUAUCACAUUUAGUGUUUGUAAACCAAACGUACAAAUAUUUGAAACAAAGAGCAGGUAUUCAAAAGAAAUACUGAUAAUAUCAAAUCUGAAAUGUGCACUUAUCAUUUUCCCUCCUUUCUUUGCCUUUGAAUGAAAACUCACGCUGACCUGGCCUAAGCAGUAGCAAUUUUCAUUUCAUCGUGGCAUUUUUAGAAGAGGAGGACCUCUACUGUUUGAAUCAAAGAAAAAUGAAAUAUUCUCCAAAUGCCUGCAAAACCAAAACUUAAUCAUAUACCAUAUUACAGCAAAAAUAUCGCAACAGACCUCCCUCUCCUCCACCUACAAAACAUCAUAAACGCCUGCUUUGUCUUCUCCCAAAUCCGUCUCGUAAAAACAUUAUCCGUAAGCUCCCGGGGACCGCAGCCAAUCAGUGAAAGCUCCUUUUGAGGCCUCAGAGGCCAGAGGAGGGCUGCCUCGUAUGCACUUCCACAUUUUACGUACAGUAACCGUUGACGUGCCAGGCUGCCGUAAAAACUCUAUGAGUCUUAUGCAAGUUAGUGAUUUGUGAUGGCCGACAUUACUUGUGGGUGUAAAGUCCCGUGAUAAGGGGGUAGAUGUAGUUGAAUAGUUAAGUCAUCAUAGAUCGAGAUCCACUUACAUCAUCAGGUUCGGUGCAGAAGUGAUCGAUCGUUUUUCGAUGAAGCUGAGGGGCUGACAGAACAAGCAACAAAAUUGAAUUUAAUCGCCAGUAAAAUCAGAGGAAAAUGCAGUGCAAUGAAAACCAGUAGAAAACGUGACUGGUUGUGCAUGUGAUGCACUAUUUUAGAGAACACCAGCACACAGAUCUCUCUCUGGGAUUUUGGCUCUCUAACAAUAAGAUUCAACUUUUCUUCCUUUUUUCUCUUCACAAGUGAGAAGCUCUUUGGUGAUGUAACGUGGCUCCAGUCGUGGAGGUGGCUCCUGUGUGGACGAGCCACCUUUUUAAUCAUGUGAUCAACUCGGAACAAUAUUUUCUGUGACACGUGUGCAACAGCGAUGAAUACGUGGGACACUGUCCAGAGCGGACAGAGCACGUGUUCGUCAUGAAAAUGGAGUCUGAACCUGCUUGUUUUUUUUCUUCCUUGAUUAUUUUCAUCAUCCAGAAAAUGAGAUGUGUAUACCAGCUUAUGCCAAUUCAUAAUAUUUGCACUUUGGAGAAUUUCUGUACAGAAUGAAUUGUGAAUCUGCUUAACUUGACGUGGGGGUAGAAAAAGAAAUACGUUAGCCAUCCAAGUUUUUCAACUGGAAUUCUUAAUCAUCCCAAAUGGAUAAUUUGCCUUUUGCACUUUUCAUUAAAAAAAAAAAGAAAAAAAAAAGGAAGAUAUAUUGAUAUUGUGUGUCUUGUUUCGUUGCUUUUAGCCCAAACUGUGACAGCUUGAGUAUUGCCAAACCUUUUUUUUUUUAACCUUUCUUUUCUCUUUUUCUCUUUUUGUUUUGACUCUGGUCGUAUCUGACAGCAAUAUCAAGCUCUUUCGAUGAAUUCAAGCUGCACGAUUUAUCCACCUCAAUGAGUGGGUCGAAUAUUAGGAUCAAUCUAGUACAACAUACAUGUGUUUGUUUGUAAAUAAAUGAUGGAAUAAAAUGUGACGGCAGCCAAGUUAAAAAAUAAUCCUUGUAACAUCUUCUCUCGCAGUUGUUAUGCAUUUAAUGUAAGUUGUAACUGGAACUUAAUUGACGGAUGAUGUCUUGCCAAAAUGCCAAUAAAGUUCAAAAGCCUGCCUGUUAAGUUUUA